ACCCAGAUAUGUAAGAGCAGGCCACGCUUGCCCAGUUUUGAUUCGUUGGCUAUUACCCACACCCGGUGACAUCGAAAUUCCAAAUUUGACCCCGGUUUCGUUGACUCGGUGAUCCUUGAAUAGAUGACAAUGUUGGUGGCCACCUUGCAGCCAGAAUAUGUGCCUGUUGGCAUCACGCCAAUCUUGAACUGGAAAGAACCACCAAUUCUGAAGUACUGCGAUGAGGAUUAUCUCCUACUUGUCCUGGCCUUGUCCAUUUGCACCCAGUUCCUACUGAUGAUCUAUGUGGGCUUUGCAUUCAUGCAACCGAGUUCCUUGCGCAAGAGGCAGUUGAUUGAGGACCAGCAAAAGACCUACGCUAGCUUCAUUUUCCGAAGGCUGCUCUUCCAGUUGGACGAGGCAUUCUUUCCUUCGAAGGGGCAGGAGCGGUUGGACUCCUGCUUGAAGUCUAGUGAAAAUGUAGUCCUGGCCAUUCAACUGUUCCGGCGAGAUGCUUUCAAGGUCCUUCAACCAGGACAGAGUCUCUCAUCCGCUCUAGCCAGCGACCUGUACUAUGUGCUGGAUGAGGAGGAGCAUGAACUAGUUUUCAACGGCUAUGGUUGCUCCCACUCAAGGGUCGAGGUCACCGAGGAGCUAUUGGUGUACCUGCUAUAUCCGGAGCGGAAUUUGUCCGGAAAGAAGUAAUGGAACACCUCGGACUGGGGUACCUAACUUUUCGGUUAGAAUUAAUUUGUAUUUUUGUAUGACCAGUCCACAAAGUGCACUAAAUUCAUAACUAAGUAACUGAAA